AUGCUACGCUCUGCGUUUCUAGGGGCCGCCCUUGCCAUGCUGGCACUUGGCCAGAGCUCAAAGUGCCCUGCCAAUGCCGUGUACGCCUACAAUAUUGGGUGCGACUCUUGCGACUUUCGGGCACCGGCUAAUGGUCAGAUGACUGGGGGUUGCGCCACGGCGCCCCGCUUCUCCUGCAUCUGCUCGGAGGGCUACGCCCGAGUAAAGUCGAACGGCCCAUGCAUCCCACUUGCGCAGUGCCCCGGAAAUACAAAGAAUCAGGGGAAAUGUCCGGCCAACGAGGAAUAUAUCAAGAAUGUGGGAUGUGACUCGUGCGAAAACCGGUUCCUCGUUGAUGGGAAACCACUUGGAGGGCCUUGCGCCACAGCCCCAAAGACGUCGUGCGUAUGCGUGAAAGGAUACGGUAGAAAUGACGCUGGAAAGUGCGUCGUGGUGUCCAAAUGCCCCCAGGCCACAACCACGAGCAGCAGUAACCAGACCUGCGUGCCCAACGCGACGUACAAGAUGAAUGGCGAUUGCGACUCGUGCGAGGCUCGAACCCAGAAUUUGCCUUGCAUGGCCAAGCCGAUGAUGUCGUGCGUUUGCGAUGCGGGCUACGCGAAGGCCAGCUCUUCAGGUCCUUGCGUUCCUGUGAGCCAGUGCCCGAGGAGGACCCGAAAACUCUUCGCUGCGGGUUGCGCCAUGGAGGAGGAGUUCAAGCUGAAUGCUGGCUGCGACAGCUGCGCCAAUCGACAGCCCGGAGCGAAAAAUACGGCCUGCGCCACGGCUCCGCAAUACUCCUGCGUAUGUGCUAGCGGAUACGGGCGGAACCCGGCCGGGAAAUGCGUCAAAUUGGCCCAGUGCCCCAAGGCCGCCAACCAGUGCGACGCGAACGCGACUUACAAGCAGAACGUUGGCUGCGACUCGUGUUUGGCUCGGACGCAGUUGUUGCCUUGCGCUACCGCGCCGCAGACGUCAUGUGUAUGCGACAGCGGUUACGCACGUGUCAGCCAGGGAACGCCCUGCAUUCCAGUGUCGCAAUGCCCCAAGUUAGCCAAGAAAUCGGGA